AUGGCGGCCUCCAGCUGGGCGCACACAGCUGUGGUUCUGCUUUGUGCCUCCGACCUCCUAUUGCUGCUGCUCUUACCGCCUGGGGCUUCCGCCUCUGGGGACCCGGCCGGAGCACCCGGCAAGGCUUCUCCAUCUCCCAAAAAGAAGAAGGAUAUUCGCGAUUACAAUGAUGCGGACAUGGCGAGGCUGCUGGAACAGUGGGAGAAAGAUGAUGACAUCGAAGAGGGAGAUCUGCCAGAGCACAAAAGACCCUCAGCUCCCAUCGACUUCUCACAGCUCGAUCCUGGAAAGCCUGAAAGCAUCCUGAAAAUGACAAAAAAGGGCAAGACCCUGAUGAUGUUUGCCACAGUCUCGGGGAACCCCACUGAGAAGGAGACCGAGGAAAUCACUAGCUUGUGGCAGGGCAGCCUUUUCAAUGCCAACUACGACGUCCAAAGGUUUAUUGUGGGAUCCGACCGAGCUAUCUUCAUGCUUCGUGACGGGAGCUAUGCUUGGGAGAUCAAAGACUUCUUGGUCAGUCAAGAUAGGUGUGCUGAUGUAACUCUGGAGGGACAGGUGUACCCUGGCAAAGGAGGAGGAAAUAAAGAGAAAAAUAAAACUAAACAAGAGAAGAGCAAAAAAAAGAAGGAGGGAGACUCGAAGUCUCGAGCUUCAAAGGAAGACAAUCGGUCUGGGUCUAGAAGAGAAGACCUCUAG